UCAGAGACCAGUGAGCUGUACUAACAAAGGAGGAUGUGGCUUGGAGGAGAUACAGACACCAUGGGGGAUUGGUGAGGUGGUGGUAACCUUUCUAAGCUACCUACCAACACCAAGCUGAAAGGAAUUCACAGCAACAGGCAGGAAGGGGGUGGAGGAACAGAUCCCUGUGCUGUCUCCCUGCAACCAGGAAGUUUGACUGCAGACUGGCCAUCUCAUCAUAGGCAGCCUCAGGGCUGGAGCUGAGCAGGGUGACAAAAUAAAUAACGAAAGAGAAAGAGGGGCACAGCCCCAGAGAAACCAUGGAGGAGGAGAGCAAGUUCUGCAAGAACUGUAAACGAGAUGUGUCUGCUGCCAAUUUCUCUCUCCACGAGGCCCACUGCAUGCGGUUUCUCGCUAUCUGUCCAGAGUGCGAUGAACCUAUUGCUCUAAAGGAGAUGGAGAAGCAUCAAGAAGAAGAACAUAAGCAGGUCAGAUGUAAACUGUGUCACCAAAGCAUGCAGAAAUACCUGCUGGAGAAUCAUGAGUCCUAUGAAUGUAAUGAGCGAUCACUGAAAUGCACAUUCUGUGAGCUGGAAAUGCCCUUCAAUAAGCUGCAGAGGCACCAGGAGGCCUGCGGUAGUCGCACUGAGCUCUGUUGGGAGUGUAACAAAUACAUCAUGUACAAGGACUUGGACAAGCACAAAGACGUUUGUCAGAAUGGCAAGAAGCCAUCAAGCAAUGGUGAGAUGCACUAUCAACCCAGUGAGGAGUCUGCUCAUCAAACCUCGAUUCUCCCACCCUCAGGUCUCAGUGACAAUCUUUGCCAGCAGUGCAAUAAGUGCUUCCCGGAUGACCAGUACCUCCAACACCUGAAUGAGUGCAGCCCGCUCUCCAAACUCGCAGAGAUUCUCGCCAGGCAGUCAGUUACAAAAUCCCGCCCACUCCCACCUUCCUCUCUGGUUACGUCUCCCCCCCGUGAGAAUGCAGCCAUGGCAUGGAAGGACGUUCGCCCGAAGCGGAAGGAAAAGGACUUAUCUUCUGCCUCCAGGCCCUCCCUCAAGCCACUGAAGAACAAAAAGUCAGCAGGCCGCCCUGCUUUCACUGCCACAGUGGAUCCCGUACUGCCUAAGGCUCUUGAAGACCCAAUGACUUACGAUGUGUUGGUGACCUGUUCCCAGUGCAAUAUCCUCCUCCCAGGUCCGACUCUAAGGAAGCACGAGAGAAAAUGUCUGCGUCUAGCUUCUUUGCAAAGUCUCAGGAGGAAACCAAAAUGGAGUCCUGGAAAACAAGAGGAGCCUUUCUAAGGCACUCCUGGAAGAAACUGGAACCAGAGAUGCCCCACCAGACCCCAGGCUUCAGUUCAGCGCUAGUAACGGCAUUCUAAACACAUGGCUUUAUACAUAGCGAAUAAAAGCAUCAUGCUUCCUACACUAGACUGAGAACAAAGAA